GCUCCUUCAACAACAACAGCUAGUCAGACACCUCCGUAGCUUUCUAGCAAACAUAGCAGCAACAUUCACGCUCUUUACACUGUUUUGGUGUAUAUUAGUCGCUGUGUAUGAAACACACUUCUGUUGUAUGUACUUGUUGGCCCAUUUAAUUAUAUAUUUACGUUGUUUGUCAGCUAGCUGGUUUAGAACUAGUCUAGUCGCUAAUGCUAGCUAGCUAACAUCCCCGACCAUGAGUUCACUAAGCUACUCUCCUCCUGUUAAAGAAGAGGUGGUCUGCUGGACGGAGAAAGAAGCUCUUGUGAAAGAGGAGGAGGAAGAGGAGGCUGUUACAAUACAAAAACAAGUAGAGGGUGAGGCUUUUACCGUGAAAGAAGAAGAGAAAGACGUUUCAGUGAAAGAAGAGGAAGACGCGUUCAGAGUGAAAGAAGAGGAGGAUGUUACAGUAAAAGAAGAGGAGAAAGAGGAGGAUGCAGUUUUUGGAGUGAAAGAGGAGGAUGAGAAGAUGACUGUCACAUUGGAGGAAGAAGAGGUUGGAGAUCUGUUUAACACCAGAGAGAGACGUGACUAUUGUGGAUCCUCUGGGGAGCCUCAACAACCUCAUGAAGCUGACAAGGCAGAGAAGAGUCUCUCUACAUUAGAACACCUCAAGAAACACCAGCAGAGAUCCAAAGGGAAGAGAACUCACUGCUGCUCUGAUUGUGGGAAGAGUUUCACCUCCUCAGGCAUUACAAUUCAUCAGAGAAUCCACACAGGAGAGAAACCUUUUAGCUGUACUCAAUGUGGGAAGAGUUUUACUCAGUCAACCAUCCUGAUAUCACACCAGAGAACACACACAGGUGUAAAACCCUAUAGCUGUGCUCAUUGUGGGAAGAGAUUCACCUCCUCAAAAGUCGUUAAUGUACAUCAGAAAAUCCAUACAGGAGAGAAACCUUUUAGCUGCUCUGACUGUGGAAAGAGUUUUCUACUCUCAGGACAAUUAAAAUCACACCAGAGAACACACACAGGAGAGAAAACCUGUAGCUGUGAUGAAUGUGGGAAGAGUUACACUACAUUUAACAAUCUGAUGGUACACCAGAGAACACACACAGGAGAGAAACCAUAUUGCUGUGGUCAAUGUGGGAAGAGUUUUACUCAGCCACAAACUCUGAUAUCACACCAGAGAACACACACAGGUGAGAAACCUUAUUGCUGUGGUCAAUGUGGGAAGAGUUUUACUCAGCCACAUACCCUGAUAUCACACCAGAGAACACACACAGGAGAGAAACCUUAUAGCUGUGAUCAAUGUGGGAAGCAUUUUACUCAGUCAAGCCACUUGAUAGCACACCAGAGAACACACACAGGAGAGAAACCUCAUAACUGUGCUCAAUGUGGGAAGAGUUUUACUACAUCUUGCCAGCUAACUACUCACCAGAGAACACACACAGGAAAUAAUCCUUAUAGCUGUACUCAAUGUGGGAAGAGUUUUACUCAGUCAAGCCACCUGAUAUCACACCAGAGAACACAUACAGGAGAGAAACCUUAUGGCUGUGAUAAAUGUGACAAGAGAUACUCUGAUAAAAGAUACCUGAUUAAACAUCAGAAAAUACAUGCAUGAAGGAGUUUUUUCAUUAUAUCAAACAUCGUAGAAGGAGUAUUUGUUUGCUGAUUGUCUCAAGGGUGGGCAGUCAAAAGUUUUGUGUUUUGCUUUUAGCCAGUGAAUCACAAUUUAUUUUGACUGCAAGUUUUUCCAUAUUGGAGAUGAGUUUUGUUUGGGCUCGUUCCAAGGGGACGCUAUUGAGUUUUAGGAAGACUAGAGUUCUAGAAGCUAGUGAGUUUUAGGAAGAUGAGAGUUCUAGAAGCUAGUGGAGUUUUUUUACAAAAUUAGUUUUAGAAUUCUAUAGAAAGAAAAAGGUGAGAAAUAACACUUGUAUAUUAUUAUUUAGAAAUAAACGUUUUUUUUCUUGUUUUUAAUUGUUGACAGCCAGUAGACACCAUGUUAAUAUUGUAGAAAGUGAAGCAUUGUAGUUGAUUAUAAUGUUAAAUGGAAGUUGUUUUCUGUUGGUGGUGAGCAAACUUGUCCAACAAAAAUAUAGGAUAUAUUUCUUGUUGUCUUAAAGCGGGAAGGUGUUACUGGCUUUGGUUUUUCCAUUUAUGUUUUGAGGUUGGACUUUAGCACGUCUAGCUCGUAGGGCGCACUGAUUGGUGUCACCUCGUUAGUCAGUAUGUGUUACACCAGUUCUUUUGUUUGCCCAGUGCUCCAGUUGUCUUGAUAGAUGUGGAGAGUCAACACCUUUAGUUGAUCCACCUUUUUGGUUUGCUUCCUGUCUUUAAGUUUGAUGUGGGUUAUUAUUUUGUUCUCCUCUUCUUGGGCAGAUUUAGUGGGUCUCAUGGUGGGUGUCUUUUAUGUCCCAGUUGUUGUUACUAGUCAACUUUCAGGGGACACUGAGAGCAAAGAUUGCAAGAUUAUGUUAUAAUACUUUUAUUGCAUCAAGUGGUUGUUUUAUGCAACAGAAUAGAGGGUUCUUAUAACUAUUGUGUCUGUGUGUUCUACUGAGGAUGGUCCUGAAAACACUGACAGGAGAUUUACAAUGUCUUUUGGGUGAUGAUAUCUAAAGAGACUGCAUUCCAGAGCAUGAGAUAAUGUUUCUUUCUAUAUGGUACCAGGGAGAGAUGACCUCAGGGCCAGACCCUGGUCUCUACACAAAGGGUACUGUUUUUACAGCAGAUACUGUCUGCUGUGAAUUAUAAGUACCUUUCAUACAAAUCUUAAUCUUGUGACCCGUUCUAUACAUCUGUUGUUCAUCAUGUAGAUUGAAAGGGGUGUAUCUUGGCUGUAAAAGACCUUUGUACUUUUGUCUCGUGGCUCUCAGCAAAUCAUCUGGGGGUGAUUCGUCGACCAGCCAUCAUUAUCGUAGAGCACUCAAUUGAUUAACUUUUAUAUGUGUACGUUGUAUUGCCUGCUCCCUUAAGUGAAUAAAAUAUUUAGUUUAAGAAUAA